CCAGCUGUGUGUCUCCGUCUGCGACAUGCCUCCUCCGGUCACUAACAGCUGGAGGACCCGGUUAAAGCCCUGCCGGUACACCCCGGUAAACCCCCGGUAAACUCCGGUAUAAAGUGAUGCAGCAGAAGUUGUGCUCCAGAGGUUCUGGUUCUUUCCUCUUAGAGAGGAACGGCCAGGCGUGCGGCGCCAUCAGCGACUCCUCCACUUCCUGCCAGCUCCCGUUCCGCUGCCCCCGCUGUGGCGAGCAGGAGCGUUUCCGCAGCCUGGCCUCGCUGCGAGCCCACCUGGAGUACCGCCACUCCUACCGCUCGCCGGACGCCACCGCCGCCGGCUUCAGCAUCACCGGCAAACACCCCGACCCUCUGACGGCGGCGAUCCCGUGGCACGACAUGAGCCUGCCGACCCGGCGGGCGCCGCACGGCUCGGCGCGGCCGCCGCACGUCCGCUCGCUCAGCGACAGCAGAGACAGCGGGUACCUCCACUCCUACGGCUCGGUGAGGAGGCGCACACAGAGCGUCGGCGUGGGGACGCAGGCCGAGGAGGAAGAGGAUGAGGAAGAGGAGGAAGAGGAAGAGGGGACGGAGGAUGAAGAUGUGGGAGAAGAGGAGGAUGAUGAUGAGGAGGAGGAUGAAGGUGAAGAGACAGACGGAAGCAGACAUGAAGAAGGUUUUAAAAUGUCGGUGAAGAAGUCCGACGUGUGUCCUCAUCAUCACCUCAACCAUCAUCAUCAUCAUCAUCAUCAUCUCCUCUUCCCUCCUCCAGCUCCGCUCGGACCUCCACCCGACCCGGACCUCCACCUGGACCUGGACCUGGUCGAGCAGAACUCCUACUCCGGUCUGGAGACGGCAGCAGCCUCGGCGGCGGUGCGGCGGCGGCUGGCGAGCAUCCUGCGGGCGGCGGACAGCACCAUGCAGCGCCGGUUGGCCAAGGUGAGCACCGAGCUCGCCCAGACCGACACAGAACUGCUGUGUGAGCGCGCCCACUCGCAGCACCUGGCCCAGGAGAGGCAGGAAGUGGCGGACAGGGAGCGGUCGCUGAGCCGGCAGGUGGACGUGGCCGUCAUGGUGAUCGCAGCGCUGAGGGAACAGCUCAACGCCUCCGAAAACGAGCUGGAACGACGAGAGAGGGAGGUGAUAACCAUCCAGAAGUUUCUGGAAGCUGCAGCGCGACAGGAAACAUGCGGUAAAGUAAGAAUCCAGCAUUUCAUCGAGAACCUGCUGAGACGCAUCGCUCUGGCUGAGAGGCUGGUGGAGUAUUACCAAGAGAACGGCAGUCCGUCACAGUGCAACCACUACAAGCAGCACCAGCAGCCAACUGAUAAUGGACCUCACAGAAUCACUAAGAGCAGGUCGGCAGGAGGUCAGCUGUCCUCGUCCGGUCUCCACGACAACAGAACUCACUCGUCCUCGCAGUUUGGCGGCGGCCGCCCCCCGUCGUUCUCCAAACAGGGAGGCGGCGAGCGGGAGCGGGAGCAGCGGGAGCGUCUGGCGCAGUCGUCCCGGCUCUUCUGCCGACCCGAACACAGAGACGACAUCUGGAACCACCAGCGGCGGCGCUCCACCGGGUACGAGGCGUAGAGACGUAGAGACACGACCGGGGAGAGGAGGUGUCAGACUUCACUCACUCUUUAGUUACUACUUAUUACUACUACUAUUUAUUAACAGCUUUAUUCCAGUGUGUUAACCUAUGGAAAAAUACCACAAGUUCCU